AUGUCAGAUCAAGAGCAACAACAUGGCGCAAAUGAAGAACAUGAGUCUGUUGAAGAGGCAGUGUUCAAGUAUGUGGGCGUGGACUUACAAGGUGGCAAACACGAGGAAGAGGCAGUAGACGAAGAGGAGCCCGCUAAGGACAAAGACGAUGAUAAGAACGAGUCUAAACACAGCGAGAGAGGUAAUGCGGACAUGGAAUGGUUUUUAAGGCACGAUCUGGCGAGCGACCAAGACCAGGCUUCCGGUGGCGUAGAUGCUAGCUCUCACUCGGUCGCGGCGGCUGCUGUAGCAGCCGCAUUUGCUGCCAACGACAACGAUACUAAGAAGAGAGACCGGUCAGAGCUUAAUGCUGGUGACAAGAACGCUAAGGGGUACGGCAAUGGUAAGACAAAGCGGUCGAAACUACAGCUCUCGGCUGUGGAUCCAGAGUUGGCGUCACUGGACGACAGUGAAGUAACGGAACACGAGCAACUAGUCCGCAAGGCCAUUAUGGAUGCCGACAGCAUUGCUCACCACCCAGAUUUUCAACAUUACCUGAAUACCGACGAGGACUCUGACGGAAAGGACAAAAUGUCGAAAAAAUUCAAAUACAGAGGCACUCAUAAGCACGACGGUGUUCCUGAGGGCGCUUUUUCUGAUGAGGAUGCUCAAGAAGACAGGAGUUUGCAUAAGAAAAUUGAAGUUCUACCGAAGGUUUUAGCUGCAGGAAGUUCGGAGCAAGAUAUCUCUCACUUAAUUCAGGAUGCGGCGACCAAAGCGUCUAACUUUAUAAGUCCCCAAAGCCAAUCUACUGGGAAAUCAUUUGAUGCAUCCGAAGAACAAGCAUUGGAGCAUUUUAUCAAAGAUUAUCAGGCCAUUAAGAAUCUAAGCAGACGUCAAAUUUGUGAAAGGAUCUGGUCGAAUGAAAGGCGUAAGGACGAUUUUUGGACCAAUAUUUGCAAGGUACUACCAUACAGAACUAGAUCUUCCAUUUACAAGCACGUUCGUCGAAAGUAUCAUAUUUUCGAACAGCGUGGUAAAUGGACCCCAGAAGAAGACCAAGAAUUGGCGAGCCUCUGCGUUGAAAAAGAAGGCCAAUGGUCGGAGAUUGGUAAGGCUCUAGGGAGGAUGCCCGAGGAUUGCAGAGAUCGCUGGAGGAACUACGUUAAAUGUGGCAACAAUAGAGCUUCUAACAAGUGGUCUUUAGAAGAAGAGGAGCGUUUGAAGCAAGUUAUUGCAGAAAUUAUGGAGGCCUCUGCUGUUGACGCUGCUAACAAUGAGAAUCCUCAGGCAAAUGCUUCUAGUAAAGCGGGUGAUGAUGAUGCAGAAAGGUUUAGAAUAAUAUUAGGUGCUAGUGACCCAGACCAAAUUACGAAACUGAACAAGAAAAAGAAGGGCACUGGUUCAAAAGACUCCAUCAAUUGGACGGUCGUCAGCGAACGCAUGGGUGGAUCACGGUCUCGUAUUCAAUGCCGUUACAAAUGGAAUAAGUUACUUAAAAAGAAGGCCAUGAAUAAGAUUAAAAGCAUAACUGAAGAUGACAAAAGAUGGAUAUUAGAAAAGUUAAGGGACAUGGGUUUUACAGAAGACUCGCAAGUGGACUGGGACGAGCUCGCAACUCUAAUGCCAGAUCAACAAUGGUCAGGCACAGAACUCAAAUUAUGUUAUGAAAAAUUGAGAACUGGUGUGAGAUUUUACAAAGACCGCACUAUUAAUCAAAUCUGUAAAGAACUGAUCGGAUAUCGUGAAGGCGCACAUCCAAUCGAUGCAGAAGGAAAGCCAUAA